AUGGCAGCCCUGGAGACCCGGGUAGAGACCAUGGCAAAAGCACAUAAUGAAGUAGUGACACAUGCCACACAACUGAAAAAGCACCUGCUGAACUUGGAGCUGGAGAUGGAAGAACUCUCUAACCGAUCCCGCAGGUAUAACUUCAGAAUCCGCGGCCUACGGGAAGCUCCUAAUGAAGGCCCACUGGCCCAGACACUAGAAUAUUAUUUCAAAAAUAUUGUUCCAGACGUCCCCGAUGAUCAAUGGACAAUUGACUGA